CACUGUCUGUCACUUGUCAGUUGUCACUUGUUAGAUUGACGUUUCUUGUUUUGAAUAAAAAUAAUAUAAUAAUAUACAAAAAAAAGUAUUCAAAAAUAUCAAUAUUUAAUAUUUUAACUAUUACUAAGAAUAAUAGUAAUUUUGAUUGAAGGACGUAAGACGUGGACAAGCCACAUUUUGGCUGCUCUUUCUUGGUUUAAAUUCGAUUUAUUAUUGAUAACCUAGUUAUUUAAAAUUCUGAUGUCAGGCGAGGAAGAAAGAGUUGAAUUUAUGGAUUCUCCAAAAAGGGGUCCAACAUUAUCAACUUCAACCUCUAGUUUUGAAGCUCUGGACCCUCAUGAUCCCAAUCUCAGUCAGCUUGCAAACAAAAUGUUUAGUAAAACCUCUGAAUAUCUGUACGGUGAAUUGACUUCAACACUAGAUGACUACCGACUGUUAGAAAACAUGAAUCAAGUUGUUAUUACAAAAUAUUCUGAUAUGAAGCAUCUUGCUGUAAAUGUUAAGAAGAGUAUGUUGGAUCUAAAUGACAGAUAUAACACUUUGAUACCUCUUUUAGAACAAAUAGACCAAAUUGAAGAUAGCAUUAUCAAGCUGGAGCAGGCUGCUUACAAGUUAGACUCAUAUUCAAAAAGGUUAGAAACAAAGUUCAAAGAUUUAGAGAAACGUUAGGUUUGGUUAGGUAAUUAGAUGGCUAUUGAGUUUAUUUGAUAAUAUGUUAAUUGUUAUUUCAUUAAAAUAGUUUAAGUUACCAAUAUUGAGAUGUAUCAUUAAAAAAAAACAAAUAUGUGGGAUACUAUUCCAGAUGCCACCCUUACUCCUUUCUUUAUUGUUACUAAUGGAGUAAAAUCAUCAAAAAGUGAAUAUUAUAGUAUGUUUAGACAGUACUUUGUUUUGUUACACUCAGAAACUCUUUGGCAAGCUCAUUUUCAGUAUCUUGAAUAGAUUUAUUUUCCUCUUCAAUUUUUUGCUUGACAAUUUCUAUUCUUGAUUUGUCUACACAAUCUAUGAACUCAUCCAUCAACCGUUUGCAUUUUAUCAUACAAUUUUCAUGUCUUUUCAAACACAGUAGGAGCUGAAAGUGCAUUAUUCAUGGUUUCCUCUACAAUCUUAGUGUCAUCAUAUCUCACCUCAUCUGUGGAACAAACUUGUGGCCGCAAUUUUCCAAUAUUUGACUCAACUUGUCCCAUAAGAUCAUUAAUUGAUUGUGGUGUCAAUUCAUGUGUAUUUGUAUGUACAUCAUCCAUACAUUUGAGUACUUUCAUCCACCUGUCAUCAUCAAUUUUUCUAGAGUCUGCUGAUGGUUCAGGAGUAUUUUCCAUUUUUUGGGUUUUCUGCUCC